CCCCGGCACGCCGAGGAUGCUCGGGGGGGCCCCGCGAACCCCGAAACAGCCCAGGGGCACCGCGAGUUGAGCUGCGGGGUCCCCACCCCCCCCUCCAAGAUGUCCUAUUUCACCGAGCACUUCUGGGGAGAGAAGAACCACGGCUUCGACGUCCUCUACCACAACAUGAAGCACGGGCAGAUCUCCACCAAGGAGCUCGCUGACUUCGUCCGGGAGAGGGCUGCCAUCGAGGAGAACUACGCCAAGGCCAUGGUGAAGCUGUCCAAGAUGGCCACGAACGGGACCCAGCUGGGGACUUUCGCUCCUCUCUGGGAGGUUUUCCGCAUCUCCUCGGACAAGCUGGCCCUGUGCCACCUGGAGCUGAUGAAGAAGCUGCACGACCUCAUCAAGGAGAUCUCGCGCUACGGCGAGGAGCAGGGCCGGGUGCACAAGAAGUCCAAGGAGGAGGUGGCGGGGACGCUGGAGGCCGUGCAGCUCCUGCACGGCGUGGCCCAGCUGCUGCCCAAGUCCAAGGAGAGCUACCACAGCAAGUGCCAGGAGUACGAGCGGCUGCGCAAGGAGGGCACCAGCCAGAAGGAGAUCGACAAGGCGGAGCUGAAGUCGCGGAAGGCGGGCGAGGCGCUGCGGAGGGCGGUGGACAAAUACAACGCGGCCCGCGCCGACUUCGAGCAGCGCAUGCUGGACUCGGCCAUGCGCUUCCAGGAGGUGGAAGAAGCCCACCUGCGGCACAUGAAGGGGCUCAUCGGCUCCUACUCCCACUCCGUGGAGGACACCCACGUCCAGAUCGGCCAGGUCCACGAGGAGUUCAAGCAGAACGUGGAGAACAUCGGCACGGAGAUGCUGCUCCGGAGGUUUGCCGAGAGCAAAGGCACGGGGAGGGAGCGGCCAGGAGCGUUGGAUUUCGAUGAGUACCGGCUGGCUCCAGCGCAGGAAGGACCCAAGAGGAGCCGGAGCAAAGCGUUCCGGAUCCCGGGAUUGAGCCGUAAGGAGCGGGAGCGUGAUGCUGUGGAAUCUCCGGAUAACGAGCUGGGCUGCCCGGAGGUGGACGAGGACGGAUUCACCGUGCGCCCGGACAUCGCCCGCAGCGAGGCGGAGAAUGCCGGGUGUUCCUCCAGCGAUUCCGACUACGACGAGGACGAGCCGCGGAAAUUUUACGUGCACAUCAAACCGGUGCAGCCGCGGGAAGCGCCCGGCAGCGCCGAGGCCGCCGUGGAGCAGCUCAAGGCCACCGUGGGAAAUCUCAUCCUGGCCCCCGGUGUCGGGGGCACCGUCAGGAGGCAGGCGUCACGACACACGCCAUCCCUGACGCCAGCCUCGGGUGACACGGAGCCCGAGGGGACACCGGCCGCGGGUGACAGCACGGGGAGGGGUCUCCCGGCGGCGCAGCUGCACAGCGGCCCCAGGAAGCCCCCCCAGGACACGCCGCCCUCGGCCGCUCUCUUCGGGCCUCCCCUGGAGUCGGCGUUGGAAGCAGAGGAAUUCCCGGCCCCCCGCUCCUACGUCCUCACCUCAUCCUCGUCACCCUUCUCCUCCUCAUCCCCGGAGAACGUGGAGGACUCGGGGCUGGACUCGCCCUCUCACCCCGCGCCCGGACCCUCCCCGGACUCCCGGCCCUGGACCCCGCAGCCGGGAACGCCGCAGAGCCCCGGCCCCAAAGCGGAGCCGCCCCCCGCCAGCAGCUCCUGGGCCCCCCGGCCCCGCAGCCCCUCCGGCCGCCUCCCCGAGCCCCCCAACUUCGCCGUUUUCAGCGGCCCCGGAGCCGAGGGGCUCUGGGGGGACGCGGGGGCCGCGCCCCGGGGUCGCGGCCGCUGCCUCAGCGCCCCGAGAGAAGCCCCCUCGCCGGAUCCCUUCGGGGAGUCCCCGGCCUGGGGCAGACCCCGCAGCCCCGCUGGGGAGCAGCCCCCCCUGACGCGUCCUUCCUCCAACUCGGCCUCCUCCUCAUCCUCCUCGCCGGCCCCCCCGAGCGGGGGGGAGUCCUCCAGCCCCUCCCCGUGGGGCUGCCAAGGGGCGGGGGCGAGGCUGAGCGAGGGGGGCACGGCCGGGACCCCCCCCUUGCAGUCGGAGCCGGAUUGUGUCCCCUCCUGGCCCAGCGCUGCCCCCCGGGACGUUCCUCUCGUGGCCCCCCCGCGCCGCUCCCGCUCCAAGCGGCCGCCGGCCGGGCCGGGCAGCAACAGCGACCUGUCGCGCUCGCUGAGCCCCUCUCCCUCCUGGAGCUGCGGCCCCUCUCACUCGGCCCCCGCCAGCCUGGGCGAGCGCGGCUUCUUCUCCGUGGCCCCGCCGGCUCUCGGGCUGUCGCGGGGUCCCAGCCCGGUGGUGCUGGGCUCGCAGGACGCGCUGCCCGUGGCCACCGCCUUCACCGAGUACGUGCACGCCUAUUUCAAGGGGCGCGACUCCGACAGCUGCCUGGUGAAGGUGACGGGGGAGCUGACCAUGUCCUUCCCCGCCGGCAUCGUGCGCGUGUUCAGCGGCCCCGCGGCGCCGCCCGUGCUCAGCUUCAGGCUCCUCAACGCCGGAGCCAUCGAGCAGUUCCUGCCCAACGCCGAGCUGCUCUACAGGAACCUGGAGGAGAAGCGGCUGCUCUGGAAGCUUCUGGACGUUCCCGGUGCCCCGGGGCAGGGAGGCUGCGGGCGGCUCUCGGCCAGCUGGGAGCCGCUGGGGGGUCCCAGUAAGCCCAGUCCCGUGGCCGCCCAGUUCAGCAGCGAGGGCAGCACCUUGUCGGGGGUGGAGGUGGAGCUGGCGGGCGCCGGGUACCGAAUGUCGCUGGUCAAGAAGAGAUUUGCUACAGGGAUUUACCUGGCGGGGUCCUGAGCGGCUCCUGGAGCCCCCCGAGUGCCCCCCGGGCUUCUCCCGUGGUUGUGUGAACUUGGAAACGCUGGAUGGAGGCGGGCGGGGGAGGGGGAGCCUCUUCCUCCUCUUCCUCCUCCUCCUCCUCCUCCUCCUCCUCCUCCUGCUGCU